AUGUUUAAGCGUACUUUGUCCCCUUCUACCUCUUCUCGCCGAACUCGGGCCUCUACUGUGGCCAUUCUCCCCGACGUCGAUCCCGAACUUCUCAUGCGUCAAACGAAAAGGAUGCGAAUCACGUCUCAAGCUCCAGCCCAUUCUCAACCUCCAUUGGUUGAUGCUUCUCGCAGGGCUCUGGACACCAUUAAGGAUCGAUAUCAAUCCGGUCCUUCUCGCACUCAACCAUCGUCUUCUCUCGAUGAUGCGAUUAUCGAGCAAUUCCUCGACCUCGACGGUGGGGCAGGCCCAUCUGCCACCGGUGAGAACCCAUCUCCCGCCAAGUCCGUCGAAUCCGAACACGGUACCAUCGUCGAGAAUCAAAAUUCUCCUGGUAAUAAGUCCCCUGUGCCACCCUCUGAACAUUUAGACGGGCUUGACAAUGUUCCCCCCGAGCUCGAAAUCAUUUUUCGCGCUCCUCGCAAGGUUUCCGCUAAUGACGAACUUGCCAAGGCUCUGGACGCUCGAAAAGACUCGGAAAUUGGUGAGGUCUCUAUCGAAUUCUGUGCUUUUCUGACUCCCCUGGAUCGUUUUCGCGAGACUGGCUCCCUCAAUCUUACCGCGAAAUGGUUUAGGAAUGCUCUCGAUCGUUUGGCCCAAGGUUGGCGACUCCGCAACAAGAAUGGUGCUGUCGCCCGUCUCGAGGGUGAGCUCUGCUCCGAUUGCCAGCGUCGUCUCGAUGGUGGAGAAGAUUUUCGUGUCGGUUGUAUCGGCCCUCGGAACUUCAAAGUGUUCGGUCAAAAACAACAAUCCCGAGGCCAAAUUUCGCGAGGUAUCUAUCUUCUUCCUUCGAACUUGAUCGAUGUUGAUGUCAAGGGUGUCACCGUCGGAGCUCAGACUGUCACCUCCAAGGUUACUUUCGUCCUGGAGCACGAACUCUGUGCUGUCUCGGCCCGUUAUCGAUCCCUUUCCUCCCAGGAUCAAUCCUCUUCUCUCACCCAACUCUCCGCUUACAUCCACCUCUUUUCCUCUCUCCUUCUUCCUCUUCCCCCAGUACAUCUGGGCCUCUACAAAUCUCUUCAUCUCAUUCCUUCCAACUACACCCCUCCCUCUCCUUCUGAAACCUUGGAUCAUCUCACCUCUGCUGCUGAUCCAACCGGAUUGACUUCUUCUCAACCAGUCGCCGGUCCCUCCUCUUCUCCCCAUACUCCUCUCCCCCGCAAUGUCAUUCGUAUUCCCGCCUCGGUCCGUCGUCCCCGAGCCAAUUCUACCACCUCCAACUUCUAG